GGCGCUGGCGUCAUCAGCAGUGGACGUUGUAGUCAAAGUGUGAAACGUGCCCAGCGUUUGUUGUUGUUUUGUUUUUAUUCGGCUCGUUUUGAAUCAAUUAACCACCGACACUCAACAUGGCUGAUUACUGGAAGUCACAACCCAGGAAGUUCUGCCAGUACUGCAAGUGCUGGAUUGCGGACAACAAGCCUAGUGUCGAGUUUCACGAACGAGGGAAGAACCACAAAGAGAAUGUGGCUGCAAAAAUCUCCGAGAUUAAAAAGAAGAGCGUCGACAAGGCGAAGCAGGAGGAACGACAGUCCAAACAGUUCGCAGCGAUGGAGGAGGCUGCGAUGAAGGCGUACGAAGAGGAUUUAAAGAGGAUGGAGAGGGAGGCGGCGGGGUUACCACCUCUAGCAGCCACACUGCCACAGCCGCAGGUGAAGCCUCAAGUGAGAGUGCAGGUGAAGCCUCAGGGGAAACAUAAGGGCAAAAAACAGCAAAUGAAAGGGAAAGGAGGAGGAGGAAGAGGAGGUGGUGGUGGUGGUGGAGGAGGUGGUGGAGGAAGGAACUUCAGAGCACAGACAGAGUCUCAGGUUUGGGUUGAAGGACUGGCGGACGACGGAAACACGUACUAUUACAACACGAUGACCGGAGAAUCUCGAUGGGACAAACCAGGUUUCCAGGGAGAGAGUUCAGCCUCUGCAGAGCCCGCACCGCCUGGAAGCUCUUCAGGCUGCCCGUGGAUGGAAGCCGUCAGUCCUGAUGGUUACACGUAUUACUACAACUCAGAGACUGGAGAGUCCUCAUGGGAGAAGCCGGCGGGCUUUCCUUCAGACGAGGCGUCAGGAUCGAAUGUAGCGGGAGAGAGUCCGGAGGAGCCUUCGCCCCCGCAGCCGGAGUCGCUCUCAGGAGGAGAGGAGAGCUCCAACGGCGCCCCGGCCUCCUCUCAGGAGGCUGAAGUCACCGAAGACGCCGACCAGCAACCCAAAGUCCCGAAGAUCAGCUUCAGGAAGAGAAAAGCCGAAGAAGCCGAGUCCGCAGAGAAGGAGGGAGAAGAUGAAGUGAGCGAAGACGCUCCGAAAGAGGAGACGGAGGAGACGAAGACAGAGGGAGAGGUCCAAACUACGACAGCUGAACCUGAGGAGAAGAAAGCCGAAGAGCCGACACAAAGGACGGCGCCGGCUAAACGGCAGAAAACCGCCAAUCCGUACGGCGUGUGGGAGAAGAUCCAGGAAGAGAAGGAUCCAUAUGCCAGCGUGGACUUGCAGCUGCCGCAGGUGGAGGCGGGCACGGCGGGCGCUCCGGCCGACCUGCCGCCCGAGCCGAAACCAAAGUUCAGGGAGCGAGUCAUCACGUCCCUCGGAGACGAAGGCGGCCCCGCGUCGUUCAGGAAAAACAAGGCGCAGAACGGCAAAUCCAGGAGCCUCCGACAACGAGACAACGAUGACUGAAGAAACUUUCCACAGAUGAAAAAACUUUUUGAUGCACCGCUUUGUUUUUUUUAUUAACAUUUUUAGGACAAAGUAAGAAUCUAAACUUA